AUGGAAACCACAUCCAACAACCUCGACAGAAAGGUAUCCACACUCUCUUCCAAUCACAACAACAAUACUUCUUAUUCAUCAUCACCUCCAUCCGAUCCACAUCUGAGAAUAUCCCAUUGCUUCCAAAACAAUGACCAAAGAUCAUUGUUGAAUCACAACCUUAACCACAACCUCUCGCAUGUGGAAGUCUCUUCGAGAAGGAUCACCUUCUUUCAAAGCUCCUCGAUGAGUGCACCACCAUGUGCAUCCAAUCACUUGUUGAAUGUGCCCUCUGGUUCAUCACUAAUGCGACCAGUAGAGAUGUCGAACAACCAACAACAACAACUCCCAAGCUCUGAAAUCUCUAAUGAUGGAAUGUCUCCUCCUUGUCCACUUCUUUCUCAACCUUCUAUUCAUACUCCAAGGUCCAACUUGUCAUCUCCUCCUUCCAAUUCUCAGUGUUCAAACUCUCCAAAUUCCAGAAACAAAAUUUCAUGCUCUGAAAAGAGACCUUUAAAGUUCUUCGAUUAUAACAAACGAAAGAUUGUCAAAAAGGUGAGAAGAGUGGAUCAAGUACAACCCUAUGAACAUGUCAUUCGAAUGAAAACAACAAUGACAGACAAGGAGAAUUCCACACAGUCUUCUUCUGUUGUUUCACCCAACAUAAUGAAUUCGAUUGGAAUGAAGGAUCGGUCCAAUACGUCGACCUUGUUGACAGAUGCAACCAACAACACGUCACAAAGUGCGACAUGUGGUCAACAAUCAUUGAGAAGAGAGGCGCAUUUUCAUGAACCAUUAUUUCAUGGAUCGAAUUCAGUGUUCACCACAACAACAACAAGACAAAGAACUCCACGUUAUUCAAUUUCAAUAAAGGAGUUGCUUAAUUAA